GAGACUUGGACCCUCACAGUCCACAGGCCUUGGUUGAUAAGACGAAGAUUUAUGAGCAAUUGUUUCGAAGCAUGGCUGCCAACUCCCCUGUAAUUCCUGCUUCUCACUUCUACAAUGGCGGCAUUUCGCGCCAAAACUUCACACGCUCUGCCAUAUUUUGUAUUAAGACGAGGAGAACGGCGAUUAGAGCGAAGCAAGGAGAUAACGCUUUGCAGUAUCGAAAGCUUGGGGAUUCUGACCUACAAAUAAGCGAAAUUACUAUGGGAACGAUGACAUUCGGGCAGCAGAAUACAGAGAAAGAGGCUCAUGAAAUGCUUAGUUAUGCAUUAGAAUGUGGUAUUAACACUUUGGAUACUGCAGAGGCGUAUCCAAUCCCAAUGAGUAAGGAGACACAAGGAAGGACAGAUAUUUAUAUUGGUAAUUGGUUGAAGUCUCGUCCUCGUGACAAGGUAAUAUUGGCUACAAAAGUUUCUGGUUAUUCGGAGCGAUCAAGUUAUUUACGUGACAGUGCAAGUGUCUUACGGGUUGAUGCCGCUAACAUUAAGGAAAGCGUAGAGAAAAGCCUUAAGCGCCUCAACACUGACUACAUUGAUUUAUUGCAAAUUCAUUGGCCAGAUCGCUAUGUAGCAUUAUUUGGUGAGUUUACAUAUAAUCCUUCAAAGUGGAGGCCAAGUGUGCCAUUUGUGGAGCAGCUCCGGGCAUUUCAGGAACUCAUUACAGAAGGGAAGGUAAGAUACAUCGGUGUUUCUAAUGAAACUUCAUAUGGUGUGAUGGAGUUUGUUCAUGCUGCAAAAGUUGAAGGACUACCAAAGAUUGUCAGCAUCCAAAACAGCUAUAGCCUGCUCGUUAGAUGUGCAUUUGAAGUUGAUUUGGUUGAAGUAUGCCACCCGAACAAUUGCAACAUUGGCUUACUUGCUUAUUCCCCGUUGGCCGGUGGAGCUCUGUCUGGAAAAUAUUUAGAUAGUAAUUCUGAAGCUGCAAAGAAAGGAAGGCUGAACCUCUUUCCUGGAUACAUGGAAAGAUAUAAUAAAUCCAUUUCCAAGGAAGCAACAAAACUUUACACCGAGUUGGCAAAGAAACAUGGCCUAACACCUGUUCAGCUCGCCCUUGGAUUCACUCGGGACCGUUCAUUUGUGACUAGUUCAAUCAUUGGUGCAACUUCAGUUGAACAACUAAAGGAAGACAUCGAUGCAUUUGUAGCAACAGAGUGUCCUUUUCCACCUGAAAUCAUGAUGGAAAUUGAGAACAUAUUCAAAAGAUACAAAGAUCCAGCAAUCUUUUGAGUGGUUAUGGUAUAAUUUGCACCUGAUUCAGUUUGACCUUUUUUCCCAUGAGA